AUGGCUACAGUGCUCAUAUGCCGAAGAUUUCCGAGGCUGAGCAGGGUGACCUCAUUUUCAGCUACAGCCAAGUGCAAGGCCAAGAGUGGGAACAGCGGGAAUAAGCAGGAAAAGGAGGAGAACCCAGGAGCAGCCAGCACCGGAACGGAACCGGCGGCUACAAUCCAGCUGCUGAAUCCCCUGGACUACAGAGUGUUGUACAAACCAUCUGCCUAUGCCAAAGGCAGAGCUGCUUCCCAGCAGGAUGCUGCUCAGAGCAGUGGCCAGGCCUUGGGUGACACUUUCACCAGCCCUGGCAGCACAGAGGUUCAGCCUGCCUUUGGUACCAGCUCUCCUCCAGCUCGGCCAGCCCUCAGAAAUGCCGAGGCCAAGCCCAGGCCCAAGCUGCUCCUCCAGCAGACCAUCUCAGCCUGUCUCUCUGCCAAGGAGGAGGCAGAAAUGGAAAAAAAGGAGACACACAACUCCAAGGAGGACCCUCGCGUGUUUCAGAAGGGCAGGCCUGAGUACAGAUCUCUCAGCUAUGACAAGUCUGAGCCCGUGGAGACCCUUCCUUUAGAAGAAGGUGACUCCAUUUUGCACAGCGUGGCCGCGUGCGAGGGCAGCCCCAGCCCAGGAACCAUCACAGAUUCUUUUCUCAAGCUGAGCCGUUUGCCAGCGGAACAACACGCGGCGUUGUUGUCCAAACCCAGCUUUCACACUCUUUGUCACUCUGCUGCUGGGAACGUGGGGUUGUUCAGCACUGCAGAGCUGGUGGACCUUCUGAAGGCCUGUGUCCGUCUGGCGCUUCCACCCGCCCACCCUCUGCUGGACGCCUUAGAGAGGGAAUUCUGCCGGCGGGUGUGGGACAUGGAGCUGCAGCAGCUCCUGCUGGUGGCAGAUUGCUGGCGCUGCCUGGAGCGCAGCGUGCCCUCCUACCUCAGCAUCUUGUUCAGCUACACCAACCUGCACUGGAAAGACCUCACCCUGCCCCAGUUCGUGCAGCUCCUUUACAUCAUCGGGGAAGGCCGGAGAGCGCCUGCGGACUUGGCACAGAAGGUGGAGAGCACGAUUUUGAAGCACUUGGACUCCUUCACCUUGGAGGAGGUGGGUGCCAUCUGCUUAGGGCUCUUCAAGUCCCUCAGUGGCAUCUCUGAGCAUGUCAUGAGGAGGAUUGCAGACCGAGUCGCCCUGCAGAUGGAAGACAUGAGCACCUACGCUUUGGUGAACGUCCUUAAAAUGCUCCGCUACACUCGCAUGGAUCACCUGCCCCUCCUGAAGGAGCUUGGGAAGGUUAUUCCCGCCCGGAUUCCUAGCACAAACAUCCAGGGCAUCAUGCACAUCACCCUUACCUACUCAUCCCUGCACUACUUUGAUGAAGGUGUCAUGGCUGCAGUAGCCAAGUCCUUGCCUGCUAAGGUGACUUACUGCCGAAGCAAAGAUGCUGCCAAGUUCUUGUGGUCCUUUGGGUGCCUGGACUAUGAACCUCCAAACGAGGAAGAGUUUUACUCCAGCCUCAUAGAGCAGAUGCACAGAAAACUCCAUGAAUUUAGGAAGUUUCCAGAGCAUCUCCUGACUGGUUUGCUCGGCCUGGCAUUUGUCAAACGCUUCCCAGAGGAGCUGAUAGACUAUGCCUUGAGGGAUGAGUUUGUCCAGAAAACGAGAAGUAGUAAAUAUGAGCUCAGAAAGGACCUCUUCACCCUCAGCAAGAGUGUUGAAAUUGAGUGUCCAGGCUACCAAGGCAGCCGUCUUUCACCUCAGCUUCAUCAGGAGAUGACUGAGAUGGUUUUGAAUUUUGCAGAGCAAGAGAUCUAUGUCAGGCCUGAAAUUGUGGAGGCCACCUCUCUGCUGGAGAGCAUGUUGGGUGGCCCUGAGUAUGUGAAGAGCCACAUGAUCCUGCCUCACACCAGGUCCAGUGAUCUGGAGGUUCAUUUGACCAUGGAUGGACAUCCCAUCCCUUUCAACUCAAAAGACUUCCUUGCAGAUAAGAAACUGAAACACAUUGGGGUUAGUCUGACGGAUGACUUGAUGACUCAGCUUAUCCAAGGGAGCUGUAAGAAGCUGGAUGUGGAAAAUGGAGCCAGGACUCUUGGUCAGGAGAGAAGGGACAAAGCACCUGCUGCAUUUUCAGGGAGACCUCUUCCCACAGACACCAGGUGGCAAGCUGAGCCUCAAUCAGGGGGCUGCCUUGGAGCCCCCCUUCCUCCUGCCUUGCAGCAGCAGCCCCGGAGGCUGAAGCUGGCUGUGCAGGUGUCCAACAGGAACCACUACUGCUACUGCUCCAAGCGGCUGCUGGGGCUGCACUGCCUGAAGCGGCGGCAGCUCCGGCAGCUGGGCUACGUGGUGCUGGAGCUGCCCUUCUGGGAAUGGUUCCCCCUGCUCAGACACACACGUCUGGAGAAGCUCAGCUACCUCCAGUACAAAGUGUUUGACCCAGCUCUGCUCAGCAAGGCUGGCUGA